UCGAUUGAAUCAAUCUCCUAUAAAUUGCGUCUUAGCUCCCUCUAACACUUCAUAUCAAUCACCAACUAUCUUACUUUAAAUAAGGAGCUUCUUAUUUCAUCUGCUUAUUCGUAUCUUAAUCUUGCUUUGGAAAUAUAUACAUUGAAUAGUAAUGGCGGGUUACUAUGCCUAUACCAAUCUUACGUUCUUUUAUCUUUUGUUUACCACACUGAUGACGUUGAACAAUUACAGCAUUUCUGUUCAAGCCCAAACCCGAGUUGGAUAUUACUCGAGAACUUGUCCAAGAGCUGAAACCAUAAUCCGAUCAACAGUCGGUACCCAUUUUCGAUCAAAUCCCACCAUCGCUGCUGGUCUACUUAGAAUGCAUUUUCAUGAUUGUUUUGUUCAGGGAUGUGAUGCAUCUAUCCUUAUUGAUGGAACUUCCACUGAAAAAACUGCUAGACCUAAUCUUCUAUUGAGAGGUUAUGAAGUUAUUGAUGAUGCAAAAACACAGCUUGAAGCUGCUUGCCCUAACGUCGUUUCUUGUGCUGAUAUUCUAGCCAUUGCUGCUCGUGACUCUAUUGUCGUGAGUGGGGGUGCAAGCUGGUCGGUACCAACAGGUCGGUUAGACGGUCGGGUAUCAAUAGCAUCAGAGACUGAUAAUCUACCUGGUUUUACAGACUCUAUUGAAGUUCAAAUACAGAAGUUUGUAGAUAAAAAACUUAAUACUCAAGAUCUUGUUACUUUAGUUGGAGGCCAUACAAUUGGGACAUCAGCUUGUCAAUUCUUCCGAUACAGAUUAUACAAUUUCAAUGGAACUGGAACUUCCGACCCCACAAUCAACCCAUCAUUUCUUACAACCUUACGAAAUCUUUGUCCAGACAAUGGCGAUGCAUCUAGACGUGUAGCACUAGACACUGGUAGCGAAAACAGAUUCGACCAAAGUUAUUACACGAACUUGGGGAAUGGAAGAGGAGUUCUAGAAUCUGAUCAGAAGCUAUGGAAUGAUGCCUCAACACGAACUUUUGUUCAACGCUUUUCAGGUCCAUUUAGAGGCUUGAGCAGAUUGAUAUUCAAUGUUGAGUUCGGUCGGUCUAUGGUGAAAAUGAGUAAUAUUGAAGUGAAAACUGGUACACAAGGCGAGAUUCGAAGAAUUUGUUCUGCCAUAAAUUAACACGUAGUAUAACUUGGCUCCGUUUGAUGUUUUGUAAGAAUUUGUUUCAUGUCAUUUAUAUGCAUUGACGCAUAACAAUGUCAUUUGUCAAGUAUCAUUCAACCAAUAAAUGUGUAAUCGAAUUGUGAAGUUCUAUAAAAGUUGGGUAAACACGGAAACUAAACUAUAAAUUUGAAGAA